AAUAUUCUCCGGCCAUUUUCCAUUUCCCUGGAGAGAGAGAGAUCUAGAGAGAGAAUUAAUGAGUUCAAUUAGAGAGAGAGUGUGUGUUUGUGAGUGAGUGGGAGAGGUAUCUGGUCUGGUGUAUAUAAAAGGAAGAGUUGCAGUGUGAGUUGUGGUAAGCAAAAAGAUAGGCAGAGGAGGAGGAGGAGGAGGAAGGAGGAGGAGGUGUAGGGAGCAACCGGAGCAACCUCGAAGCUAGUCCAAACUAGUGGGAGGUUGUCUUUCCGGCCGGCCGGAGCUGAGCUGAGCUAGCCUCGACGAUCGAGAUCCAGCCAGCAUCCAUAGCUAUCUAGCUGAGCCAAGCCAAGCCAGGCCAGGAGGAGGAAGAAGAAAGGAAGAGGAGACGAAGCUGAUCGAUGGCGAGAGGGAAGGUGCAGCUCCGGCGCAUCGAGAACCCGGUGCACCGGCAGGUGACCUUCUGCAAGCGCCGCGCCGGGCUCCUCAAGAAGGCCAGGGAGCUCUCCGUCCUCUGCGACGCCGACAUCGGCAUCAUCAUCUUCUCCGCCCACGGCAAGCUCUACGACCUCGCCACCACCGGAACCAUGGAGGAGCUGAUCGAGAGGUACAAGAGUGCAAGCUGCGAACAGCCCAACAACGGCUGCGGCGACCACAGAAUGGACCCGAAACAGGAGGCAAUGGUGCUCAAACAAGAAAUCAAUCUGUUGCAGAAGGGCCUGAGGUACAUCUAUGGGAACAGGGCAAAUGAGCACAUGACUGUUGAAGAGCUGAAUGCCCUAGAGAGGUACUUAGAGAUAUGGAUGUACAACAUCCGCUCCGCAAAGAUGCAGAUAAUGAUCCAAGAGAUCCAAGCACUAAAGAGCAAGGAAGGCAUGUUGAAAGCUGCUAACGAAAUUCUCCAAGAGAAGAUAGUAGAACAGAAUGGUCUGAUCGAUGUAGGCAGGAUGGUAGCAGAUCAACAGAAUGGGCAUUUUAGUACAGUCCCACUGAUAGAAGAGAUCACUAACCCACUGACUAUACUGAGUGGCUAUUCUACUUGUAGGGGCUCAGAGAUGGGCUAUUCCUUCUAACAGUAAUAAUGUCCUGGGGGAUACUUGUGUUCAUUAUUAAUGUGUAAUAUGGUUAAUAAUGCUUGUGUUGCUGUUUGUUCUGCUACUCUGAUGUAACUUAUUUAGGCAAGUCCCCCCAGGAAUGUCUUUUAGUAUUGUAUUGGUCUUGUGAUGCUUUAUUUUCCCUAAAGAACUCUUGAAGAGCUCUGUUGUCAAAUCAUUUUAAGUAACUGAGACUGUUGUUUCUUGGAA